AAACCGGCCGCCCAAAAGGUUAUCAGCCUCGCAGACUUUCACUCUCUUUCACCCACAGUCACUCUCUCACUCUCUCACUCUUCACUUCGCUCCGCUUCACGCUCCCGCGCGCGCAUAUGAAUGCCGGAGCGCGCGCGCGGUCCCUCGCAGUGUGAGCAUGCCUGAGCAGGGCGCGUGCGCGUGCGGCGGCUGCGGCUGCAGGCGGCUCGUGGCGCUGAUCGCGGUGUCGCUCGCGCUGCACAUCGUGACGCUGGUGUGUUACGCGGAGCUGCGCGCGCAGGUCAAGCGCGAGAUCACGGCGCAGCAGAGGAGCCGAGAGACUGACACCGUGCACGAGCAGAGCAGAGCAGAGAGAUGGAGAGAGACGGAGGAGAGGGUCAUCCUGCGCUCCAAACGAUCAGAAGAGAAACCACCUGCAACUGGAAAAAGAAAAGGCGAGAGGAAGAAAGGGAAAAAGGGCCCCCGUGGCCCUCAGGGACCCCAAGGCCCCCGUGGACCUCAGGGUCCCCCGGGCCCACCUGGCCCACCCGGACCUCCAGGGCCUCCAGGAAUCCCUGGAUUUCCUGGAUACCCAGGCACCAAUGCCAUGGGACCCUCUGGACCACCCGGACCACCAGGACCUCCUGGGCCCCCUGGACCUCCAGGACCACAGGGACCUCCUGGACCUCAGGGACCAGGUGGAGGUGAGAAAGGCAGGUUCAGAGACUCACAGCCAGCUGUGGUGCACCUGCAAGGUCAGGAAACGACCAUACAGGUGAAAGAAGAUCUCUCAGAAGGCGUCCUAAAAAACUGGAAGAUGAUCCUGACGCACCCGCGUGUGUUUAAAAUGCACUCGCGCUCCGGAGAGCUGGAGGUGCUGGUGGACGGGACGUACUUCAUCUAUAGUCAGGUAGAAGUGUACUACCUGAACUUCACGGACAUUGCGAGCUAUGAGGUGAUGAUUGAUAAGGAUCCGUUCCUGCGCUGCACACGGAGCAUCGAGACCGGUCAGCGGAAGUUCAACACCUGUUACACUGCAGGCGUGUGUUGGCUCCGUGCCAAGCAGCGCAUCUCCAUCCGCAUGGUGUACGAGGACACCUCCAUCUCCAUGAGCAACCACACCACUUUCCUCGGCAGCAUCCGUCUGGGGGAGGCCCCGCCCACCGGACACACCUGAGCCCGUCAGCUCAGGUUUCAAUGUCUGUUAGACACAGCUGAGCCAAUCAGCUUUCGAAUUCCACUCACAGGACACAACUGAGCCAGUAAGCUCACUGACCACGCCCACAGGACACACCUGAGCCAAUUUGCUCACGCCCACAGGACACACCUGAGCCAAUUUGCUCACGCCCACAGGACACACCUGAGCCAAUUUGCUCACUCCCACAGGACACACCUAAGCCAAUUUGCUCAUGCCCACAGGACACACCUAAGCCAAUUUGCUCACGCCCACAGGACACACCUAAGCCAAUUUGCUCACGCCCACAGGACACACCUAAGCCUAUUA